AUGCGCGGUGAGAACCGGCCCCUCAACGCGGGGCCCCAGCGCGGCCGAGCGACCCAAGGCAAGUCCGCUUCCGCCCCCAGCCCACAUGGCCGCGGCUGCCCGCGCCCGUACCCAGCGUGCGCCCCGCGCGGCCGGGGUCCGGUGGGGCCCCAGACCCCCCGGAGGAGAGAGGGGGCGGCGGCGCUUCAGACUGUGGGGAGGAGGAAGCGCGGCCGGCGCGACCGCGGGGGGAAGAGGAGGAGAGCGGUUGUGCGAUCAGAUCGAUCUAAGAUGGCGACUGUGGAACCGGAAACCACCCCUACUCCUAAUCCCCCACCUACAGAAGAAGAGAAAACAGAAUCUAAUCAGGAGGUUGCUAACCCAGAACACUAUAUUAAACAUCCUUUACAGAACAGAUGGGCACUCUGGUUUUUUAAAAAUGAUAAAAGCAAAACUUGGCAAGCAAACCUUCGGCUGAUCUCUAAGUUUGAUACUGUUGAAGACUUUUGGGCUCUGUACAACCAUAUCCAGUUGUCUAGUAAUUUAAUGCCUGGCUGUGACUACUCACUUUUUAAGGAUGGUAUUGAGCCUAUGUGGGAAGAUGAGAAAAACAAACGAGGAGGACGAUGGCUAAUUACAUUGAACAAACAGCAGAGACGAAGUGACCUCGAUCGCUUUUGGCUAGAGACACUGCUGUGCCUUAUUGGAGAGUCUUUUGAUGACUACAGUGAUGAUGUAUGUGGAGCUGUGGUUAAUGUUAGAGCUAAAGGUGAUAAAAUAGCAAUAUGGACUACUGAAUGUGAAAACAGAGAAGCUGUUACACAUAUAGGGAGGGUAUACAAGGAACGGUUAGGACUUCCUCCAAAGAUAGUGAUUGGUUAUCAGUCCCAUGCAGACACAGCUACUAAGAGCGGCUCCACCACUAAAAAUAGGUUUGUUGUUUAAGAAGACACCUUCUGAGUAUUCUCAUAGGAGACUGCGUCAAGCAGUCGAGAUUUGGGAGCUGAACCAAAGCCUCUUCAAAAGCAGAGUGAACUGCAUUUAAAUUUGAUUUCCAUCUAAAUGUUGCUAAGAUAUAAGAGAAGUCUCAUUCGCCUUUGUCUUGUACUUCUGUGUUCAUUUUUUUUUUUUUUUUUUUUUUUUUUUAAUUUUGGCUAGAGUGUCCGCUAUCCCAAUCAAAGAAUUACAGUACACAUCGUCCCCAGAAUCCAUAAAUGUGUUCCUGGCCCACUCUGUAAUAGCUUAAAAGAAUUAACGAUUACAAACACAUUUGACCCAUCUACAAUAUUAAAGAAAAGAAUUUGCAUUUCUAUACCUUACGAGAGAAUGAUUCUGUUUAUGUUCCAUUGUAUACAGGAGCAUAUUUUGCUGGUUUGAAAGAGUAUGAUGCAUACAGUUUUCUAACAAUUUUCUUUGUUUCUUUUUACAGCAUUGUCUGUGCUGUACUCUUGCUGAUGGCAGCUAGAUUUUAAUUUAUUUGUUUCCCUACUUGAUAACAUUAGUGAUUCUGAUUUCAGUUUUUCAUUUGUUUUGCUUUUGUUUUUUUCCUCAUGUAACAUUGGUGAAGGAUCCAGGAAUAUGACACAAAGGUGGAAUAAACAUUAAUUUUGUGCAUUCUUUGGUAAUUUUUUUGUUUUUUUUUGUAACUACAAAGCUUUGCUACAAAUUUAUGCAUUUCAUUCAAAUCAGUGAUCUAUGUUUGUGUGAUUUCCUAAACAUAAUUGUGGAUUAUAAAAAAUGUAACAUCAUAAUUACAUUCCUAAUUAGAAUUAGUAUGUCUGUUUUUGUAUCUUUAUGCUGUAUUUUAACACUUUGUUAUACUUAGGUUAUUUUGCUUUGGUUAAAAAAUGGCUCAAGUAGAAAAGCGGUCCCAUUCAUAUUAAGACAGUGUACAAAACUGUAAAUAAAAUGUGUACAGUGAAUUGUCUUUUA